AUGCUUCUUUGCUAUUCGUCCGGCGCACGUCAAUUGCGAUAAAAAAAGUCCAAUAGUGCUUCGACUUUGACGUAUUGCACCGCCUCCCGAUUUCUGAUUGGAUUCUGUGGUCACGGCGGCGGGCGCUGUUGCCAAGGGUCAGCCACGUGACUUCCCCUCUGCCGCUACCCGCGGGUUGUGAUUGGGCUGAGGCCGGCGGCGACUGAAAGAUUGGCAGGCCUGUCGCCCAAUGGGGAAGACCAUUUGAGUGCGCGCUCUGGUGAGGGAAAUUUCCUUCCCAUUCGGGCUGCCUCGAGGCGAGGGAAGCGGUCACGGCUGGGGAAGUUGGAGAAGCUCCAGUCAGCGCUCGCUAGUCCGGCCUGGAAGAGGCCGCGCGCCUGUCCCCGCUCCCCUGAGCUGCUCCUCUUCCUGCUUCACGUAAUCAGAAUAUUCCUUCAAUACCUUAAGAAAUAAUAAUAACCUGAUUUUUUAAGAAUAAACAGUCCUAAUAAUUCUCCUCACAAUCUGGUGAAUUAAUAGCAAUAACUCAUCAAGAUCUCCUCCUUCAUAUCUCAAUAACAACAGCAGCAGCACUGCAUUCUCGUGUUUCAUUAGUUUGCAGUUAUUCACCUAAAAGUUUGUUAUUUGCUCACUAUCUUAAUAAUAAUCCUCUAAGGAGGUAAUAGAAAUCACUGAGUUAAAGUUAACCGAAAGUCCAGAGGUAGCAUUAUUAUCAAUUUACGAUGGGGUGGAAGGUUCGCAGCCUAUGAAGGACUUGCUCACAAAUUUAUUCUAGCUAGGAAGAGGAAGGGGCAAGCAGAAUAUAAAAUGGAAGAAUGGUAUAAAGAGGUGUGGGAUAUAGCUAUUAAUUAUAGCUAUUUAAUUAAUGUGCCAUUAAGAUAGGGAAUAUGCAGGAGAAAUGGUUUUGAGGAGAUAUGGAGGGUGUUCAUAGAAUUUGUACUGUUAAAACAAAAGGGUCAAACCAUCGCAAGAGGUGUUGAAAUUUUGGGAGGUUGGAUAGUUACAAUGGAAUGGUCUUGGGGGUGGGUUUGUACAUUUUUAUUCUUAUUUAUGAUUAUCAAAAUAAUCUGGUGCUCUACAUAACUUGUUUACUUAGUUACUAUUUGCUUCAUAUCUUAAUGACUGCUUUUUUUGCUCCACACAAUUUAGUUAUAUACUCAAAUAAUAGCAAUGCUAUUGUUAAUAAUGACAGCAAUGUUGUUAAUUGAUAUCUUAAUUAUGGUAAUAUUGUUGAUUGUAGAAUUAUAGGGUUGGAAGGGACCACAAGGCCCUGGUCUUGGGAAUAGUAAUCAGUGAUAUCAGAGGUAAAUGAAAAUGCAGACCAGUGAAAAGUCAGUAAAUAAAUUAACAGUGAAUGUCCAAGGUUAAUAGUGCAAUUAUAAUCCCCUGUACUUCUCUGGUUUUCAUUUCCUUUUGACCCCACUUUGUAAUUGCACAUACACAACCCUUCCAACAAUGUAGAUAUGAAUGCCUUCAACUCAGUAUAACACUUCCUGGAUCUGAUUAAGUGAGCUGUUUAUGCCAUGUUAAAAGUUAUUAAUGUCUUCAAAGUGUCGCAAGACUGAUGUUCUGGCUGCAGCAGACUCACUCGUCUACCCCUCUGAUCUAAAAUUGUUCCGUAAUCAUGAUUUGCCAUCAUAGUUGUAAUGCAGCUUGAGGUGGAAGCAGCAUGUUUUGAUUGCGACCAAGGCAAUUUAAAGCAGCAAAAUGAAGGAGGGGGACCUACUUAAAAUACAUAAAAAUACUGACUUUAAAAGACUAUCUUUCCAUUAGUACUUCGCCAGCCUGGUACCCAGAGAAUGGUGCAUGAUAUGCUAACUCACAUGCUUGUUAGGGAUAAUACCUAAAAAACAUUAAUCACAACUUUAAGACUGCCAAUCUUGCCUAACAUCCUAUUUGCAGUUGGUAUCUGUUCAUUGUUGCUAAUGAAGCCCAAUCCAAAUAAGACUGAGGCACUGUAAGUGGGUGGUUCCCUAGACUGGAUUGAUGGGAAAUGGCCCAUUCUUGAAGUAGUGGGCAUGUAGCUUGGGCACGCUUCUGGAUCCAUUGCUGUCGCUUGAGGCUCAUGACCUCAGUAGCAAGGAGUGCCUUCCAUCAGCUUUGGCUAGUAGCCCAGCCGUGCCCCUACAUGGACAGGGACAGCCUGUUAUUUUUGCUCUGGUAAUCUCUGGUUUAGAUUACUGCAGCACGUUAUAAGUGGGGCUGCCUCUGAAGAUGGUUUGAAAAUUUCAGUUCAUUCAGAUUUUGGCAACCAGGCUGUUCACCGGGACAAGAUGGGGUUUUUUUGCAAUGAUCCUGGCUCGGCUGCACUAGCUACCAAUUAGCUGGUUUUGACACAAAGCCUUAAAACAGUUCAGGAUUGUCUCUCGAGGACCGCCUCUCCCCAUAUGAACUGACCCAGACCCUGUGAUCAUCAUCUGAGGCACUUCUUUGUGUGCCUCCCCCAAGAGAGGUGGAGGAUGGCAACACUAGACUGGGGCUUUUCUGCAGUGGCUCCCCAUUUGUGGAAUGCUCUCCCCAAGAUUAUAUAUCUUUAGGCUCCAAGCAAAAACAUUUCUCCAUAACCAGGCCUUUGGCUGAUUAACAUUCUAUGACCUAUGUUUGUGAGAGGAGUGUUAUUGGUUUGUUUUUCUUUUAUAAUGUAUUUUGUGUUCUCAUUUUGUAAUUUUAUGUUGUGAACUGCCUCUGCUCUUUGGAUGGUAUGCAAAUUUAAUAAAUAAAAACCUUCCAUGGAAAAAUAAAGCACUGGAAGUGUUUCCACCCCAGUGGAAUAAAUUAUAUUGGAUUUGUGGGGCACAACUGCCAACCCCAGUGUCCCUGAAUUUGCCAGAUCCUCCUGCUCCAAUCAGGACAUUUCUGCAUUUGAGCAGGAAGUUCUUUAGGAGGAUUCUCAGAAGAACUUAGAAGCUCCCACCCACAAAUCAGGAACCCUGUGAAAUUAGGAAGAUUCUUAAGAACGAUCAGCUAAACACUCAAAGGCAGACUUCCCCAACCUUGUGCCCUCCAGGUGUUUUGGACUGCAACUCCCAUGGCUCAUGGUCAGAUAUGGAGUUUCGCUGUGACCCACAGGUCUAGCCUCUCCAGUCCCGCCCAACCUUACUUUGGCUCACUGUAGGACUAUCCCCACCACGACUUUGCACUUACUAAUACCUCUCAUUUGUACUUGUUCUGGACAGGACAAUCAUGUCAUUGAGAGCAUGUGGCUUGAUUAUCUUCAGGAAACUGCGUGAGACAUCGUCUGCUUCUGCUGCUGGGAACAACAUUGAGUACCUUCUCCUGCAGACAUCCUAUGGGUCUCAUCACUGGACCCCUCCGAAAGGUGUGUCAUAAGUUUUUAUGGUAUCUAGCAACUUCAGAGAGAUUCUCAACAGGGCUGUCAACUGAUCAAGGAAUUAAAUCAGGCAUUGGCAAACUUGGCCGUGCAGAUGUUUUGGGAUUACAACUCCCAUGAUCCCCAGAUAACAGGACCAGUGGUCAGGGAUGAUGGGAAUUGUAGUCCCAAAACAUCUGGAGGACCGAGUUUGCCUAUGGCUGAAUUAAAUCCAUCUGUAUUUUAAGACAAGUGCAUGUUUUUCUUGUAUUUUGCAAGUGAAUAAUAAUAAUGUUGACAUGGUGUGAUACAUGCCGUUCUGCUGUGACUUCAGAAGUCCUUUCCCCUUGACUCUUGAGUCUUCUUUGGACUGUUGCUUCCUGGAAACUGCUCUUGGAGUCGCUGUGUUACAGAUAAGACUCCUUGGCUGGCUGUUUAUGAUAUUUCAGAGCAGGAGCUCUGGCCUAGGCAUUAUUUAUGUUGCCUUUGUUUUUCUUAGACCCCAUGUGGCUUGCUGUGUUUAUAUUUCUGUCCAUAAUAUAUCUGUGUGAAAGCAAAGGCUGACUUUUCUCAGGGAAUGCUAAAGCUAGCUUGAAAACAGGCUAUAUUUAUACCUGACUGAAAAUGGGAUCUUUGUGUUAGAAAUAAUGGUGUAGCUGGCAAGGAUAGCCGCCUUCCCCAGAUGUGCUUUUCCCCAUGUUCAACUCACUUUUGGGGCCAGGCAAUACUUAGUUUUCAACAUCACGAUAUAUCACAAGCUAAACAUCACGACACCCUGAUAUAUAACAGUGUCUGAAAUAUGCAUAAAGCUGUGCAGAGCCACUGGCUGACUUUACAGUUUUCCCCCAUACGGUAUUGUGAUUUUUGCGUAGCAAUCCCACACAUUCAUGAUAUAUUGCUAGGUAAAAAGUGAUGAAACCAAUGUCAUGAUACGGACUUCAAACCGGUUUUGGAUAUAUUGAUAAAUUGCCCAGCCCUACUCACUUUCCUCAAAAUAAGUUAAGUGUAGCAUUUUCCUUUAUUUUAUGGCAGUGAUACUCCUAGUUUUGCACUAGUGACCAUUGCAAACCUUAAACUCAGGGGUGACUAAUCUGUGGCCCUUCAGAUGUUGCCAAACUACAACUCUCAUCGUUCCUGACUCAAGAUGGCUGCAGGUUGACCAUCACUGCCUUACUAUCUAUCGAUCUAUCUAAUCCAGGGCAACCCGAAGUGGCUUACAACCAAACAAGCAGACAAAACAUCCCACGUAAACACAUUAAAACCAAGAGGAAAAGGAAAUAUAUUAAAAACAUCUCACCCACUUCUAAAAGGCCACAGCUUAUGUGCUGCUAGUUAAUGUUUCAGUGAAUAAAUGGCUUAGAUCUGACAUACCUUAAAUGCUGUCUCUUUACUUGUGACCCAUUAGGCCUUUGCUGUGUCAGUUGCAGACAGCAAGCGUGUGAAAAGGAAAUAGUGGGCCUGCAGAAAGCCCCUGUUCAUCCUAGCCUCAAUCCCAGAAUCUCCCAUUUCAAAAAAGUAUCAGGUGGCAAGUGCUGAGAAGGAGCCUGGAGAGCCAUUUCUGACUGUCAGAGUAGAAAAGAAUUGAGUUGAAUUUGCAGAUAGUCUGGUUUGGCGCAAGGCAGCUUCCUCUGUUUAAACUGGCCUUUGGUGCUCAGAUUUAAAUCUGGAAAGUGUUCAUUUAGAAUGGUUCCGACUUUGCUUGCUACCUGUCCAAAGCCCUGAGGAUGAGGUGGUCUGUAAAUAUGUUGGAGACACAUUAAAUGCAGCCACCUCUGCAGUAAAGCAUGGUGAUGUUUGGAGCCAACCAUAAAACACUUCCUUUUUCUAGAACCAAGUGUCAGGAGAAGAUAAAAAGCAGAGCCCCUUGUUUCUGCUUUCCUGAAAAUUCUGCUUUCCUUUCCUCGUGCCAGGCCAUGUUGAUCCUGGGGAAGAUGACCUGCAGACCGCCCUCCGGGAGACGCAGGAGGAGGCUGGGCUGAACUCCACUCAGUUCACCAUCAUUGACGGGUUUAAAAAGGAGCUGAACUACACUGUGAAUGGCAAAGCCAAAACCGUCAUCUACUGGCUGGCUGAAAUGAAGGACAACAACACGGAGGUCAAGCUCUCAUCGGAGCACCAGGCCUUUUGCUGGCUGACCCUCAAUGAGGCUUGCAGGCUUGCAGAGUUCAAGGACAUGCAAGGCGCCUUUAGGGAAGCACACAACUUUCUCUGCUCCAAAGGCUGAAUGCUCCAGGGGAUGCAGGAAUGGGGUUUUGUUUUGUUUUUUUUAGCUGAAAGUUUAACUGACGAUUCCAUAAAAAUAAAAGCAGAGAAUACUAGGGGGGAAAUGCAAAAAUCUUAAAGAUGCACUUUAAUUAUGUCAAGCUACUUAAAGCAUGGAUGUUUCCACACCCCCGAAUUCUUAGAGAGGGAUGUUUAGCGCGAGCAGAAUUCAAAAUAGCCUCUAUAAGUUAUAUGCUGAGCCUUUAUACUGGGCAUUGACAAUUGGCGAAGCAGGGUGUGGAUGCAACCUAACGUUUGUGGCACUCAGUGAUGUUCAUGGAGGAGAGUUUUAUCAAGGACUGUUAGCCACGCUAACCAAGUGGCAGGUUCAGAGGCAGGCAGCAAAUAGUAGAGAGAGACACACUCGUCGACGUUGUGGCUGCUUGUCAGCUUCCUAGAGGCAUUUGUGUGUCGUUGGAAACAGAAUGCUGGUCUAGAUGGACCUUUGGUCUGAUCCAGCAAGGCAGUGUCUUACGCAUUUGUAUAAACUUGUAGCAGCAGCGGGGACAAAUUAGGCACAUGUAAGAAACCCACCCUCUGCCCUCGCAGGCUGAAGUCCUGCAAGGGCCACAAGCAGUUUGCCCAUAUGUGAUACAGAGGAGGUUCGCAUAGACAAAGUCUAGCCAUUCUCCUGACCCCAAUAUCCUUGUCUUAACGCCUUUGUGGGCUUCCAUCGUUGCCUUUGAGCCAGGACUGGUAUCAUGGCUGGAGUUUCCGGCUAGGGCCAGGGUUCAAAUCCUCACUCAGUCUUAAAUCUUGCUGGGUGUGACGUUGGGCCACUCGCUACAUCUCAGCCUAACCUACCCUACAGGUAUGUUGUGAGGAUAAAAUGGGAAAGGAGAGAACCAUGUACGUCACCUUGAGCUCCUUGGAGGGAAGAAGGCGGGAUAUAAAAAUAAUAAAAUACGUGUCGACAUGAUCGCGCUGCUACACACACACCCCUUUCUGACAAAGCACAGAAGCUCAAGAGCUUGCUAAUGUUCCUGCGUGUGGCACAGAUGUCCUCUCUGCACCAAUGCCGUCCCCAGUGCUACUGCAGUACUGCAAUUUGGGCAGAAGUCCAUCCAUUCAUCCCACAGGUCAAGUCAGGUCUUGCCUGUAGGCCACUGGACUCCGCUUAGUUUACAGCGAGUUGAGGAAAAUCCAUGUCAGGAACAGGAAAUCCCUUGUACAGUGAUCGCACAAAACUAGCAUGUCUCAUGAUCAAUUCUCUGUGUGCGGAUGUGUGCUUUUUGUUAAAAAAUAAAUAAUCCCCAUUCAGGUUUAGUCCUUUAUUUUGAGCCUGGUUUAAAACAAGCCGCUUGAGUGAAGGCAGAGGGUAUCGGGCUGGAGUUAGUGACAUCCAGAACAAUCAAGCUGGGAGCAGCAGCAUGCUCCAGUUAAUAUCUGCCAAGAGUGACUAGGAAUGCGUGUCAUGCACAGUAGAAGAAUUCAGUUGCCUCUUCUUUUUUAAGGAUGUCAUUGUAUCACUAUGGUUUUAAUACUGCACAUUGCUUUCGGGAGCCACAGCUUGCCUUUGAAAACCGGACAUGAGUAAAGCAAGCUACAGAGUCCUUAAGAACAGCUCACUCUCCCUUGUGCAUCCUCUUGCCCAAGGGGCUGCUCAUCACUCAGCUUUCCCUCAAACCUCUUUCUUUCUUGAGCAGUCUUCUCCAACCUGGUGCCCUCCUAUAGGUUUUGAGCGCUAUCUCCCAGCAGCCGUGGCCAAUAGUGAGUGAUAAUGGGAGGUGUGGCCCUAAGCAUCAGGGUUAGAGAAGACCUGGAGAGUGAAAAACUUCCAAGCAAGGAACUAACAUCCCUGCAUCAUUCUGUAAUGCCUGGUAUGUCCUUAUUAGAAGCUAAGCCAUAGCCAAGGAGACCGUAUUUGUUAGCCUCCCAGAAAGGGCUGUGUUAACCGAAUGCAAAGUUCUAUAUACAGCUGCAUUCUAAUGCUCCUUCACUGCUUGCAAACCUUGGGGUGAGUAAAGAUUGCCCCAAGGUGACCUUGCACAAAAAGCUGGUUCUUGUUUGUUGCUGCUGUCCUCCUCUUUUAGGUCCAACAUAGGCACAGAUAUCCCAACCCUUUUCUCCAGUGUUGUCUCAGGCUCGCCACACCCAGUGUGGACUGGAAAAAGCCCUUUGCAGUCAUACAGUAAGAAGCACAAGGACUUGAACUGUGAUGUAAAUGAUCUCCAUCGAGGUGGUCCUUUCAGAGGCUGAUUUCAUACUUGCAUUUCUGAGGCUGACUGGUUCUAAUGGGAGGACUGUACCACAGUAGCGUGAGAUGGGAAGAUGCCAUCUUGACCUACCUGCCACCCGCAUGGGGGUGCUUGACAACUAACCUGCCUGAUCCAGAAUUAGAUAUCAUGCAAAUACAUCCCCUGUGCGAGGACUGUACCAUCUCAGAGCAGCAAGCACAACCUAGCCUAGCCUCUCGGCUGUUUCUUAAUGCAGGCAACCCUGGCUGUACAUUUUGAGACAAAGCAAAGCUCUCUGCCUAGCUGCAUAGCUGUGCAGUGCAGAUAUGAUUGUUAAGAAAAUUAUCUUAAGUGACCUGCUUUCUUAUCAGGACUGUUAGUCUAAUGAAAUUGGCUGCAUGGACCUUGGUCAAAUGAACCCUACCAGAAACGCUUGCUUUGAGAGCAACAGAGUCAGCGCCCGUCACGUUCAGCAUAUUUGAUAGUUCAUGUUGUCGAAGAGCGGUGUGACUGUCCCAUCUUUCCAUUCAAUCAGGAUUUCGCCAUGUUUCAGUGAAGGAGUGGGGGACGCUGGGAUGAUCUGCCCCUUGGGGCUGGGGCUAGGUGCCCUAGGUAAGGGUGGCCGCUCCUCGUGAACCACGCGGCAGCUCUUCAAAGGAGACAGCUUC